AUGAGCAACAGCUACUAUAUAGGCCAAUUCGACGCGACUACCAUCAUUGUCACCAUCACCUCGGCGCUGACCUUAUACAACGCUUUGGAGCUGAUUCUGUUGAUCUUCACGACUUUUGCCGUUUACCGUGGCCUGUAUUUCUGGUCGCUAUUCGUAGCGACAACGGGAUUGAUCCCCUAUGUCGUCGGGCUCAUCUUGCUCUACUUCCAGCUGACCGCCAGUGUCGCUGGCCUAGUCAUUAACAACUAUGGUUGGUGGACGGCCAUCACGGGCCAGAGUGUGGUGCUAUACUCGCGACUGGGAAUUGUGCUUGGAAAAGGCAACGACCGAAUCCUAAAGUACGUCAAAUGGAUGAUCAUCAUUGACGCGAUUUGCUUCCACACGACAACAACUGUGGUCGUCUUCGGGUCCUACUAUGCAUCGCCACCUGCUCAGGCGCCCUUCUCUAGCGCCUACACGUACGUGGAAAAGAUCCAGAUGACGGGCUUCUGCAUUCAGGAAUUCAUCAUCUCCGGCCUCUACUUGUGGAAGACGAUGGACAUAGUCCAGGCUCAAGCUCACCCGGCCGCUUCCUCGAUAAGCACAUCUGAGCAGAAGAAAAAGAAACGUGUCCAUCGUGUCAUGUGGCAGCUAUUCACCAUCAACAUCGUCAUCAUCUGUUUGGACAUCGCCCUGCUCGUCAUCGAGUAUAGAAACCUGCACAUUCCAGAGGUUGCCUUCAAGGGAUUCUGCUACUCGGUGAAGCUGAAACUCGAGUUCGGGGUCCUCAGCAAACUGGUGGAGGUGGCAGGCAUCAAGAACCCGAGGACGGUCAGCCUGACCAAUACUCUCGAUCUCACUUCCCAUGACAUGGCCGAGAGCCUUCCUACCGUGACCGACAACGCAGACUUCGUCCUUGACCGAGGCCACCACCACCCCAGGUCCGCAAACUCAAACUUGGAGCGCUUGUCCGGAACAGAAGAAAGCGAAUCGCAGCGAUCCGAGUGGGCGGACAUGCUCAAGCAGAGCCCGACCAGGCACAUUGACGACGUGGAGAAAGACGCUGAGAAGGACCGGAAACAGAACUCAUCGGCAUUUGACGCCAUCGAACGCGCCCCGAGCAGUAUCUCUACUCUCGUCCCCGGUAGUGUAUCGGGAUACCCCCAUCGUCGGCACGCAAGGGAAGAUUCUGAGCUUCUCUACGCAGAUGCAAUCCGGGAAAUGGCGCGGAAAGGCCGCCGAGAUGGGUAG